GUUUAUUCCGGUUUGGCUCUGUAGAAAAAAACAAACAAAUGACUUUGCAAAUUUCCAUUUUACUCUGGAAUCUUGAGAGAGUCCAAAGACAGAGCAAACUCGUGAGAUUCAACAUUGUUAGUGGUAUACACCAUGGCUGGGGUUAUGCAAAAGCUGCUAGUUGCAUCAAUGUUCAUGUGGAUUCUUCCUGUUGUGAUACUAUACGGAUUCAACAAUGAUUUGCUUCCUGGUUCAACAACAUUGUCUCCACAUUCUCUAACACUAGUGAGUGGAUUUCUUGCUGUGGUAUCAGUCAAUGUAGUGAUUGUGUUCUACAUCUGUCUGGCCCUGAAAGAACCCGCAGAUAAACACAAGCCAGACGCUUCGUUUGUGGCAGAAGCGAAAGAUAGUGUGAAGAAACUGACAUCAGGAGUCCCAAGUACUGACACGGCCCUCAAGAAACAAGAGUAAGAGCUAAACAUAUCCCAUUUUCUUAAAGACAAGGAACAGCGCCAAAGAUUGCAUCAGAUGGAGAGCAGAGCUCUCAGGUUCUUGCAAUGUAUUUGCUAUAAUUGUAGAAAUUCUUGCCUGGUAGAUCAUCCUCUGUUGUUGUGACAUUUGAGGGUUUUUUUGGGUUGUUUGAGGAACAUAAACAAUGAUGUUCAUGUUGAACAGAGACGAGAGAUAAUGGUUUAAGGUAAGAACUCACAAAACCAAAUGCCCAUGGUUGCUUCUUCAUUGCAAGGAAAGCUAAGUGAGUUAUACAGUAAAAUUUGUUUACUUUUGAGUUUUUAACUUUUAAGUUACUUCAGUUACUGA